AUGAAUCUUUUUCGAAUCCUGGGAGACUUCUCCCAUCUCCUCUCAAUCCUGAUCCUCCUCCAUAAAAUGCACCAAACAAACUCCUGCGCCGGCAUAUCUUUCAAAUCCCAAGCACUCUACCUCCUCGUCUACGUGACCCGGUACCUCGAUCUUUUCUGGACCUUCACCGAUUCGCUCUACAACACCACUUUCAAGCUUCUCUUCCUCUGCUCCUCCGGCUACACAAUCUACCUCAUGACCACCUCCUUCAAACCCACCCACGACCCCAAUCUCGACACAUUCCGCGUACAGUAUCUCCUUGGUGGUUCUCUCGCCCUCGCUUUCAUCUACCCCUACGCCUACACCCCUCUGAAAUCCUCUGGGCCUUCAGCAUCUGGCUUGAAUCCGUCGCCAUCCUUCCACAACUCUUCCUACUCCAAAGAACUGGAGAAGCCGAGACGAUUACUGCGAACUAUCUCUUUGCGUUGGGAAGUUACAGAGCAUUAUAUAUACCGAAUUGGUUGUGGAGAUAUUUCCAAGAGAGUCACUGGGAUGGAAUUGCCGUGUUUGCGGACGGUUCUUUAUUCGGAUUUCUUUUGGAUUUACUACACGAAGGUUAUGAAGGGAAAGAGAUUUACUUUACCCGUGUAA